AUGUUCAUGAGUGGCAAAGUCAUGGGCGAUCUAAUGGCGGAGUGGCAAUCGUCUGACAAGACGUCGCAAUCGACAACAAUCUAUCUAUCUAUCUAUCUAUCUAUCUCUGUCUGUCUGUCUGUCUGUGGAACUGUCUAUCUCAGUCCACAUCUAUCUGUCUCAAUCUGCCUAUGCAAUAAGCCGUGCGGACAUCUAUCUAUCUAUCUAUCCUCUUUUAUCUAUCUAUGUCCUUUUUAUGUAAUUAUGUCCUUUCACGACCUAUCUAUCUCAAAAUGUUCAUUAUCUAUCUAUCUAUCUAUCUAUCUAUCUAUCUAUCUAUCUAUCUCAAUAUGCUCAUUAUCUAUUUAUCUAUCUCGAUAUUCAUUCUAUCUAUCUAUCUAUCUAUCUAUCUAUCUAUCUAUCUAUCUAUCUAUCUAUCUCAAUAUGAUCAUUAUCUAUUUAUCUAUCUAUCUCGGUAUGUUCGUUAUCAAUCUUUCUAUUCAUAUCUAUCUAAGUGAAUUCAUAUCUAUCUAUUUAUCUAUCUCGUCAUUCUAUCUAUCUAUCUAUCUAUCUAUCUAUCUAUCUAUCUAUCUAUCUAUCCGCACAUCAGAAUCAUAA